AGUAGAUUCGAAGCAAAUUGUUGCAUUAAGCAUUUUAGCCUACCCCCAUUAUUUUUCCUCUUUCCUUUGUCUUUUUAAUCUGAAAGAAGAAGAACACAAACCAAAUUUUAGAACAAGUCUUCCUUUUAUUUUCAACUUUUGUAGGUGUAUGUAAUCUAGAAGAUAGAUAGAUAGAUGAAUCUAGAUAUCUCGUUAUAGUUGGAAAUUAAUUGCAGAGAGAGUAAUGGAAGAAGUAUCAUCAUCGAUCGCUGGUCCUUUCAGACCAUUCUCCGAAACCCAGAUGGAUUUCACAGGGAUCAGGUUGGGUAAAGGUUACUGCAGCAGCAACCAACAACAAUACUCAACUCAAGGCUCCGAGAACGGAGGAGAUCUAACCUCAUGCUCUGUUUCCGCGUCUCACGGUUCUGAAUCUAGGAAAGUUUUGAUUUCUCGGAUCAAUUCUCCUAAUUUGAACAUGAAGGAAUCAGCAGCUGCUGAUAUAGUCGUCGUUGAUCCCAUCUCCGCCGGAGAUGGGAUCAACAACAACGCCUCAGAUGUUCAGAGGGAGAAGAAGAUGAUAAGCAGAACAGAGAGUAGGAGUCUGUUCGAAUUCAAGAGUAUUCCUUUAUACGGUGUGACUUCGAUCUGUGGAAGAAGACCUGAGAUGGAAGAUGCUGUCUCCACGAUUCCAAGGUUCCUUCAAUCUUGCUCUGAUUCGUUGUCAGAUGGUCGUUUCAAUCCUCAGUCAACUGCUCAUUUCUUCGGUGUUUACGACGGCCAUGGCGGUUCUCAGGUAGCGAACUAUUGUAAAGAGAGGAUGCAUUUGGCUUUAGCGGAGGAGAUAGCUAAGGAGAAACCUAUGCUCUGCGAUGGUGAUACGUGGCUGGAAAAAUGGAAGAGAGCUCUUUUCAAUUCUUUCUUGAGAGUUGACUCGGAGAUUGAGUCUGUUGCCCCGGAGACGGUUGGGUCAACGUCUGUGGUCUCCGUUGUUUUCCCGACUCAUAUCUUUGUUGCUAACUGCGGUGACUCUAGAGCCGUUCUUUGCCGCGGGAAAACUGCGCUUCCUUUAUCCGUUGACCAUAAACCGGAUAGAGAAGAUGAAGCGGCGAGGAUUGAAGCCGCGGGAGGGAAAGUGAUCCAGUGGAAUGGAGCUCGUGUUUUUGGUGUUCUCGCCAUGUCGAGAUCAAUUGGCGAUAGAUACUUGAAACCGUCAAUCAUUCCUGAUCCGGAAGUGACGGCUGUGAAGAGAGUUAAAGAAGAUGACUGUCUGAUUCUUGCGAGUGACGGGGUUUGGGAUGUAAUAACGGAUGAGGAAGCGUGUGAGAUGGCGAGGAAGCGGAUUCUCUUGUGGCACAAGAAAAAUGCGAUGGCUGGGGACGCGUCGUUGCUCGCGGAUGAGCGGAGAAAGGAAGGGAAAGAUCCCGCGGCGAUGUCCGCGGCUGAGUAUUUGUCAAAGCUGGCGAUACAGAGAGGAAGCAAAGACAACAUAAGUGUGGUGGUGGUUGAUUUGAAGCCUCAGAGGAAACUCAAGAGCAAACCCUUGAACUGAGGCAGAGAGGGUCCUUUUUCUUAAUUUUUUAAAUUGAAUAUGGGUCUCUCAAAAGAAAUAUUUACUAUUAAUUUGUGCUUAUUGUUAAAUUAUUAUUUUUUAACUAACAAGCUUUAUGAGGUAAUGCAGCUUAAUGUGUUAAAAGCUCAUUAUCUUGACGUUCUAAAAAGCCCCUUGUAUUUUUCCUCCCGGGCUAAUUGUAAUAUGGUUACAACAUUCAAUAAGAUGUAGUAUUACGGAAA